GGCGCUAUCGAUCCACUUCAUGAUUGAUAACUAUCGCUCUCCGCCUUCGGCAAAAAAAGUUGACCCUGCGACGGGGGAUAACGAGAACUCAUUUUUCACCACUGCACCAUUCAAUCUCAUAUGAACCUUUACAGUUUUGCGAAUGAGAAAUUUCUGGUUCAGUCAAUGACCUGCCCCAAAUAGCAUCCCGGGAAACCAAGCCCCUUUCUCUUUUAAACGGGCCCUGUCAGCCGGCAUUCAUGCAGCUUUCAUUUUAAGAUCACGUUUGACUCAUGACUGCUCGUUAGCCCAUCGUCAAGGCCGUCUCUCACGUCGUCGGCCAAGUUGGCUUCCUUUCAGCUUUCGGCCAGACUUCUAAGUCGGGCCUCCCGCGCACUCGGCCGUCCAUCUUCUCCCCGUGCUGCCUACGCCACAGCAGCUUCGUUCAGACAGGCGAACCGAAAGGGCACUGCGCGCAACGCCAGCCCUCCGCUUGCAAACAUAGUCGGGAAGGGAAAGUCCACCAAACGAAGAGUAUCGAAAUCCGAUUUCUCGAUUGCUGGGAUAGCCACACUACCUCCCCCAUCGUACAUCCUAUCGAAUCCCGGCAAUUUCAACAAGAAACCCAAGAUCUCGCCUAAGUCCUCACCAAUGAAGUACUAUGCUCAGAUUAUCAGUACGCCGACGGCGGAUACGGCUGGGACAACUGUCCUUGUACACUUUGACUCGCAACGCUAUCUUUUUGGCCAGAUGUCGGAGGGUACACAGCGAGCGUGUAAUGAACAAUCGGUAAAAGUAGCCAGUGUUACCGAUAUAUUCCUAACAGGCGUCAUGAACUGGACCAAUACUGGAGGCUUAUUUGGCAUGGUAUUGACGCUGGCUGAUACACUUGGAAAUUCACUUGCGGCGCUGAAGGAGGCUCAGUUGUCAAAGCAGGCAAAUAGGAUGAAAAUGGAAGGGAGCCCAAAGGAGGGCAGCUCGGACAAACUACAGAAAGGAAAGGAUGACAAGCAUUCUUUGACCAUUCAUGGCCCCAAAAACCUCACGCAUACUUUGGCAACUGCUCGAAAGUUCAUUUUCCGAAAGGGUAUGCCACUGUACACUAAGGAAUAUAGCACGGAGAACACGCAUAACGGAACCAAGAAAGAACGACAAAUCAAGCCGACUUAUGUUGACCAGAACAUCAACCUCUGGGCUAUACCUGUCGGUCCCAAGCCGCGCACACCAUCUAGCCCAAGAAAGAGGAGUCUCGAUGAAUUCAAAGAAACUACCCCAGUACCGCUAGACGCGAUUGACCAUGAUCAGACUGCCAGGCAAUCCAUCGUUGCCGACAUGUUUAACUCGUCGUGGAGCUUAGAUGCCUUGGUGGAGACUCCCCUUGCCGAUGUCAAAAUGCCUGCACAGUUGUUUGUGCGCAACUCGGAAACCAAGGACUUGGAAAAAUAUCAGGGGCCGGUUCCCGGGAGUGGCGUGCGUCUUCCCAAUAUCAAUGUGUUCGUGCGCAAGCCGUGGCCUGGUGCGACUGUUGACAAUAUCCCCCUGACAAAACCGCAUGAUGAGUCUUUGUGUUACGUGAUGAAGUCUCGCGACGUUAGGGGAAAGUUCGAUCCUGCAAAGGCCAUGGCACUCAAUGUCGAAAAAGGACCAAAUUUCAGUCUGCUAACAAAUGGUCAAAACGUGAUUUCUAAAGAUGGCAAGGUUGUGACUCCGGAGAUGGUCCUUGGCCCUGAACGGCCGGGGAAGGGACUAGCAAUAGUCCACUUGCCAACUCCAGACUACGUCGACAGCCUUGUAGACCGGCCGGAAUGGACGUCCGCUGCCGUGACUAACGGCCUGACAGCGUUCAUAUGGGUCCUGGGCCCGGGUGUAUGGAGUCACCCGCGACUCCAAAAGUUCGUCGCCGGAAUGCAGUUUUGCCGCCAUAUUGUUUCGAGCCCGGAUAAGUGCCCUAACUAUCUGGUAAUGCAAAGCGCUGCCGGCGCGACUAUUCGCAUGGCCCGACUGAGGCCUGACAACUAUCUUAUCCCUGUUCACGACAAUCGGGUUAGCUCAGAAUCAGAGUCUCGCUCGGAAGCAGGAAACGAAGACUCAAGUGUUGUGCCGGCUGAGCCGGGUCUGAUCAUCGACAUGCAGCCAAAGUUUGGGCUAAAUCACUCCGAAGUGGUGCCGCGUCUCAACACAGGAUUGAUGAUUCAACAGAUGCCAAAGGCUGCUGUGACGCGGGCCGAAGUUAUCAGCAAACGUCUGCAAAAGCAACCGGCCCAAGAAAAAAUUCGGCAGUUUUUGAAAGAUCUUCCGUCCCCUGAUGCGGAGAUCAUAACGCUCGGGACCGGGUCAUCCUUGCCCUCCAAGUAUCGCAAUGUCUCGAGCACCCUGCUUUAUGUUCCCGGGCAAGGAUACUACCUAUUCGACUGUGGCGAGGGUACACUUGGGCAACUCAAACGUGCGUUUGCUCCUGAGAAGCUUCAAGAGGUUCUUCAGAAUCUACGAUUGGUUUGGAUCAGCCAUCUACACGCAGACCAUCAUCUUGGCACUGCAUCUGUGCUUAAGGCAUGGUACCACGCAAAUUAUCCAGAAGGCGUUCCGCGCCCAGGCGAAAUCGAAAUGGACAUGGCCACAAUCUUGCAGGACAAGCGGCUGUUCCUCGUAUCCGAGCAUAGCAUGAUCCAAUGGUUGGAAGAGUAUGCUAGCGUCGAGGACUUUGGUUUCGCCAAAAUUACGCCUUUGAGUGCAAACCCGUACAAGGAAUAUGACCAGAUCAAAACCACGUUUCGCUACCGUCAUUGUUCCGCGAUUGGCAAUUACCCAGGGAGGGGAUCUACGGGUGGGAGUCCUAAGGUCACCGAGCUGCAAUUUGGAGACAACAGCACAGCGCCGAAUCUCGCUCGUCUGCUUCGAGAAGCCACUGGCCUUUCAGACCUCUUAACCACGUACGUCCCCCACUGCAACGGCUCCAUGGCCGUCUCCCUAGUGUUCCCCAACGGCUUCAAGGCCUCCUUCUCCGGCGAUUGCCGGCCCUCGGCCAACUUCGCCAAGAUUGGCAUGGACUCCACCGUCUUGAUCCACGAGGCUACCUUUAACGAAGACAUGAUCGGUUCCGCCAUUGCGAAGAAGCACUCCACAGCGGGCGAAGCCAUCGAGGUCGGCCGCAAAAUGCGCGCUCGCGCCAUCCUCCUCACCCAUUUCAGCCAGCGGUACCAGAAGGUGGCCGUCGCUACCGCACGACAAUUAGAACAAGCCCAGCAUGGUCUUGUCGACGCAUCUGACCAAGACGACCCCUCUGACGACAUUACGAAAGCAAAUAUAAGCACCGGGUCCGACAAACCACCACCAGCUGUGGUCCCCGUUGUCACUGCCUUUGACCACAUGCGCGUGCGCGUUGGCGACAUGUAUACCCUAUCUGCUUAUUCGCCCGCAAUGGAGAAGCUAUUCAGCACCAUCGAACGCGCCAACGAAGAACUCGCCACAAUCAGGAAGGAAACUAUGGAGAAAGAACUUGCCGCAAAGCAGAAGAAGGGCAAGAAGGGCAAGACGGGACAGGAGGAAGAGAAGAAGGCAGCAAUUACACCCUCGCGCGGUGCGAGCCCUCCGACACCGAAGAAGUCGGCUUGGGACGCGUCUGACAGCGAAAGCGGCUGGAGCACGAGUGAUGACGAGGGCCCGACAGAGGCUGUCUCCAGCGCUCUAUGAGCUCUGAGACGCAGUGCCCUAGUUGAAGCUGGGGCAUGGCUUUCGAUUUAGCGUAUACAUGGAAGCUGCAUCUAUUGAAUACAUAUAGUUUAGUACCAUUGUGUCUUGACUAGACUUCUUGUAUAAUACUUCUCCCGGUUGGAGACUCUUGCUCUCUUCUCUUUCUCUGCUUUUUUCUUGUUGAAGCUCCUCUCAUGCCUAUGCACUUGUUAGACGGGAUACUCCUAUUGCAGUUUGUACAGGUAAUUGUUUUGGGAGCUGGGAGGAAUUAUUGGGUACCAUUUCCCUUUCAUCAUCACUGCAAAUAUCACCACCUAGUAUAUAUUCUUGCAUUAAGUUUUGUAUAUGUAUAUACAAGCGCAUAUUCACCCAGAAGUAUUUACGUUCUAUCAUUGCAGGACUCUGGAAAACAGAAAACCACCGCAGCCUCAAAAUGACCACCAGGCCCCUCUAGAAUCCAGAGACAGCCUUCUCCUUACCAUCCUUCCCAUACAUACCCUCUCCCAGGUUCUGUACACACUCGUACUUCCAGUUCUGCGGAGUGAACUUGUCGACGAUUUCCUUGAAUGCGUCGAGAGUACAAAAUGUGUCAUCGCCGGGCAGGUGGUUUUCUGGCUUCGCGGCGCAGCCAGGAAUGCGGACGGGAACGUCGUUGUAGCGGAUACGGACGUAGUGUUUUUGCAGGGACUCGCGAGCGGAGUCGGGAAGCGCCGCGAGUGGUGUGCGGGCCGUUGGAGAGGGAGGAAGGUGUGUCUUGGUUGACGAGGAGGUGGAGGAAGACGAGCCGGUGAAGAAAGAGAAAAGACCACCGUUGCUCUGCUUCGAGGUACUGGCAGGAGAGAUGGCUGUUCUGGGGUCGUGGGUAUGGUCUGCGUGGGAGAAGAGUUCAACAGCGACGGAUGAGGUGAAAGGAGGCCAUCUUCCGUUCAUGGUGCCGAGACUUCCGAGGAUAGCGGCGAGGGUUGUGUCGUGGCAUCCGCUCAUGGCGAACUUGAUAGCCUUGCCAUUUGAGGCGGAAGAGCCAGAAGCGGCGGUUUCGCUUCGCCAGCCGCCGUCUACAGCAGUCGUGACCAUGCGGUCGGUGAUGUCGCCCAUCAAAGCCCCGACGCCUAGUUUACGGUACUCGGUGCUCUCAUUGUAACCAGUGAACCACUCGUCGACGGCAAUUUGUUCCAUGUAUGACCGAGCUUUCUUGUUGUAGAAUUCAGAGGGGAGUUUGGUCGCGGGCCCGUGAGCAUCGCUUGCGUUGAUGGUAUCCUGGAUACCGGAUAGACGGGGGUGAGAGUCGACAGCCACUCGGGGUGAGUUUUCCGGCAUCCAUUUGGAGUAGACGCUGUUGAUGUAGUCCAUUUCUUCGGUGUCGUUCC